AUGGACAGAGUGCGGGCCAUGACUACCGGGGCCAGCCUCUCCUCCACCUUCUGGCCGUACGCGCUUGAGUACGCUACAUGGUUACACAACCGCAUCAGCUGCAGCAGCAACCCAUCCGCGCACUCACCGUACUACAUGAUGACGGGGAAACCUGCGGACGUGUCCAUGGCACGAACCUUUGGCUGCCUCUGCUAUUAUCUUCCCCCACAAGGCAGCUUUGGCAAGUUUGAGCAGAGAGGCCGGGCUGGCAUGUUUCUCGGCAUCUCCAACGUUCGAAAAGCGUGGAUCGUGCGGGACAUGGCAAGUGACGUGGACACGGACACUCGAUCUGCUCGUUUUUUUUAUGACCUCAUGUUGCCAGACGCGGAGUCUCUACUCGAACUCAAUGCGGAGCUCACCGAAUUUGACGAGCUGGGAGCGUAUGAAGUGGCGGACAGGGCGGCGUACCAAAGGGAGUCCCGGUGUUGA